AGAGGAAGAAGAGGAAGAAGAGGAGCUCGAAGAAUAUCGCAGUCUGACCAGACGCCGCCGUAUGCUGCUUGGUCCCGAGCCCCAGUUCGUUUGGGUCAGACCUGUCCAGUAUGGGGUGGACACCGAGCCCUGGGUUCCCCCCCAUCUCCGGUGGAACGGGCAACCGAGAACGGUGAACCAGGAGAGUCAUAGCGGACACUCGUUCGCAUACAAUCCUCGAGAGACGGCCGAGGAGCAAUCCAGAUCCUGGGAGCACUCAUCGCCGCCUCACAUCCCGCAGACUAUUUCGAGCGAUAAUCGCCCCCAGCAGCAAGCCGGGGAUUCAGACGACAACGGCGACGUCGACAUGUCUCCCAGGCCUCCGGUGGAGCAAGAUGUUUUCGGCCCGACCCUUGUUAAUCCUGUCUCGCGGCGGGGCUCAUUCGCCAGUGGACUAUCCGGUCCAUUUGGCAGACCGCCGAGGCCCGCGCAGGACGUCGGGGAGGGAUCUUCCCUGGGGACGCCGUACGGCUUCCACAACUCGCUCCCCGCGGAAGGUCCGUCGGCCUACAUCAGGCACUCGAGAGAUAGUACGCCCGUUGCCGAAGACUCUGAACAGAGCUCUUCCCCGGAGCCGCUCCCUGCACGAGGACCGGCCUCUCCCCUCGUAUUCCCUCCUUACCAGGGACGUCAUCCAUCGCUUCCCGCAGCACUGUCGGCGAGGCCCCCUCAGCCGCCUGCGUCUAAUACGGGACAGCAGUCUGCGCAGCUUCCUGCGACAAGGCAAGCGACGGGAUCCAUUAGGCCUCCCGUAGCACGUAUGCCCAAUCUCGCGCAACAACUCUCGCUCCCUGGGCCUUCGUCGGGACCGUCGGCUGGACUCAGGCGUCCCUGGGCCCGGGAGCCAAGCUCGCGGUCACUUGGCGACGUGCUGCAAGCGCAGUUCUAUAGUGCUCGUCCCAGCGACGUAGCAACCACCGACGAGGAAGACGGCGGCACGGACGAGGAAGCGCGGCCAGCUGUCCAUCCGUCGCUGCGCCCAGGCACUCCACGACCGCCUCGCGAUUCGAUGGAUCCGGUAGUGUCUCGCAGGGAUCUGACGCAGAGAACCAUCCCGGAAAUCAUAAAUUUCGGGACACGGGAAGAAGGGGCAGAGCUCCUGAGACAGGGAUUCAGAGGGUAUGAUCAUAGUCAAUUCUUCAUCCCGCCGCCCACGUAAACGUCCAUGCCAUUUGUUGUACAUCGUUUCAUUUUUAUCUUGUAUACCCAGUCAUAUAUACCCGUACAGUUUCGACCAACUCCCCUGUCUGUAGAAGUACUCUAGCACGCGCUACCGCUGGCGUGUAUCGGCUGGUUGUAAUUGCAUAUACCCAAUGACAGUUCCGUUAUCGUUCAA